CGCGCACACUUUCGCUUUCGCUUCAAAAGGCGCACUUCACUUCAGUGCUCUAGUUCUGCAUUUAAUUUUUAAGAGGUGAGAGAUCUCUCUACCUGGAUUUGUGUAAUUCGUACAAAAUCCAAAAAAUAUUAUUUGCCAUUUUGACAGCCUUAAUUUAAAUAUUAUAACCUAUUUUAACUGUCUAUACUGAUAGGAAACGUGAGCGAAACCUGUUACGCAUGGCACUAAAGAAGACAAAAUUUUGAGGAAUAAUGCGAUGAAGAUGGAAGAAGGCUCCAAGUUGCACCUAAAAGAAUGGCUGAUAGCGCAGAUAGAGAGCGGACAAUACGAGGGGCUGUGCUGGGAGGAUGAUCUCAAAACCAUGUUCAGGAUCCCGUGGAAACACGCAGCCAAAAAGGACUACAAGCAGACCGAGGAUGCGGCUCUUUUUAAGGCUUGGGCAGUGUACAAGGGCAAGUACAGAGAGGGCAGGGACAAAGCUGACCCGACCAUGUGGAAGACCCGUCUCCGCUGCGCCCUCAACAAAAGCACAGAUUUUGUGGAGGUCUCUGAACGCAAUCAACUGGACAUCACUGAACCCUAUAAAGUCUACAGGAUCCAAGAAGAACCAGGUUCAGAAUCAGUUCAGAAGAAAGAUCCAGGGAAGAUAUUACCCCCAAAACACCCUGCCUUGUCGGACAGCUAUCACCAUCAACAGAGAGAAUCAAUUCAAAAAGUACUACAUAAAGAAAGAUCCCCAAGUACUGACCAUCCGCUGAGGGAGCAUAUGUAUUGUGAAAGAAAAGAAAACACACCUUCAAAUCUGCCCCAUGCUCCUGUGCUAUUUAUCAACCCUGCAACAAGUGUAACAGAUUUCCGGAUGCAGGUGACGUUGCUGUACCAGGGCGUGAAGGUGAUGCAGGUGACCACCAAGAGUCCAGAUGGGUGUUUCAUUUUACAGGGCCGGGUCCCGUUGGGGAAUGAGCAGAUCUACGGUACAUGCACGGCCGAGCAGCUGUCCUUCCCCUCCCCCGCCCUCCUGGCCCUGCCCGCGGGUAUGGCCGAGACCAUGGCACGCCUCCUCUGUCACCUGGAGAGGGGCGUACUGGUGUGGAUCGCCCCGGACGGAGUUUUCAUCAAACGCUUCUGUCAGGGAAGGGUGUACUGGUAUGGCCCCCAGGCUCCACACACAGACCUGCCCAACAAGCUGGACAGAGACAAGACCUUUAAACUACUGGAUGUGCCUGUAUUUCUCAGCCAGCUUCAGAGAUUCAUAGGAGGGAAGGGGCCUGUUCCAUUGUAUAAGAUUGAGCUGUGCUUUGGUGAAGAGUAUCCAGACCCCAGUGUACCCAAAAUAAGGAAACUUAUCAUGGCAGAGGUGGUGCCAGUGUUUGCAGAGGAGCUGUUCCGUCAGUUUCACGAAGAGGACACUGAGGAGAGCGAGACAGGGGACAAGCCCAACCCCAGUGGGAUAUCCGGGUAGGAGUGAAACAAAGCAUUAUUCAUCCUGACAAAGAACAAAUAUGUCUGUGUAGCAAGAGGUGAAAACUGUGGCUUUGCUAAACCUAAACUAUUACUGUGUAAAAUAAAACAAUAUUCUUCCUGUUUUACUGUCCAUCCACUAUUCAUGAGUUUCAGUUUCCUGUUACAGGGGACAUAUUUAGGACUUUUCACCACUCAAAAGAUGUAGCGUUUUGUUUUAGACUGCUAAUUUUUAUGGCAACUGGCCCAUUUUUCCAUAACUCUGUAACCUAUGGAUAAACAAUGCAGUUUGUAUGUAAGGGCAUUCUUGUUAAACCUGCUUAAUGUGAUCAUUUUGACAUUUUUGUGGUGUUCUUUGUUAAGAUCUCUGUAUAAAUAAUCACUUAUAACAUUUAGUGCAGAAAAUAAAUCAACACCUAAGAUUAAA